AACAGAGGCUCUCUGGCUUCUUUUCCUCCCUUUCUCCGCUUCAGCGUCUCGGAAUCCCGUCAUCAUGUCGGACCCAGAAACUGAGGGAUUGCGAAGCACCUUUGCUUCUUACAUGGCGGAGGGCGAGCGGCUCUAUCUCUGCCAGAAGUUCUCUAAAGCUGCCCACAGCUUCAGCAACGCUCUUCACCUUCAGAACGGAGACAAGAACUGCCUGGUUGCCCGCUCCAAGUGCUUCCUGAAGAUGGGAGAUUUAGAGAAAUCCCUGAAGGAUGCCGAGGCUUCUCUCCAGGGUGACCCGACUUUCUGCAAGGGCAUUUUACAAAAGGCGGAGACCCUGUACACCAUGGGAGACUUUGAAUUUGCUUUGGUGUUCUAUCAUCGAGGCUAUAAGCUACGGCCUGAUCGGGAAUUCAAAGUUGGAAUUCAGAAAGCCCAGGAAGCCAUCAACAACUCAGUGGGGAGUCCUUCUUCGAUUAAGCUGGAGAACAAAGGAGACCUUUCCUUCUUAAGCAAGCAGGCUGAGAAUAUGAAAGCCCUGCAGAAGUCGCAUCCCAUGAAGCAGCUCUCAUACCUCCCCAAGAGAGAGACUAAGCGGAAGGGCUCAUUCAAGAGUGAGAAGACUAUCCGCCAGCUCCUAGGCGAGCUCUAUGUGGACAAGGAGUACCUGGAGAAGCUCCUAUUGGAUGAAGACCUGAUCAAAGGUACCAUCAAGCAUGGCCUGACCGUGGAGGACCUCAUCAUGACAGGCAUCAACUACCUGGACACCCGAACUAACUUCUGGAGGCAGCAGAAACCCAUCUACGCCAGGGAGCGUGACCAGAAGCUGAUGCAGGAGAAAUGGCUGCGGAACCGCAAACGCCAUCCCUCCCAGACAGCUCGAUAUGUCCUCAAGAGCCUGGAGGACAUUGACAUGCUGCUGACCAGCGGCAGUGCUGAAGGAAGCCUUCAGAAAGCUGAGAAAGUGCUGAAGAAGGUGCUGGAGUGGAGCAAGGAAGAGGUGCCCAACAAGGAUGAACUGGUUGGGAACUUGUACAGCUGCAUAGGGAAUGCCCAGAUUGAGCUGGGGCAGAUGGCAGCAGCCCUGCAGAGCCACAGAAAGGACCUGGAGAUCGCCAAGGAAUAUGACCUUCCUGAUGCCAAGUCAAGAGCCCUUGACAACAUUGGCAGGGUUUUUGCCAGAGUUGGGAAAUUCCAGCAAGCCAUUGACACGUGGGAGGAGAAGAUCCCUCUGGCAAAAACCACUUUGGAGAAGACCUGGUUGUUCCAUGAGAUUGGCCGCUGUUACUUGGAGCUGGACCAGGCCUGGCAGGCCCAGAAUUACGGUGAGAAGUCCCAGCAGUGCGCCGAGGAAGAAGGGGACAUCGAGUGGCAGCUGAACGCCAGUGUUCUGGUGGCACAGGCACAAGUGAAGCUGAGAGACUUUGAGUCUGCAGUGAACAACUUUGAGAAGGCCCUGGAGAGAGCGAAGCUUGUCCACAACAACGAGGCACAGCAGGCCAUCAUCAGCGCUUUGGACGAUGCCAACAAGGGCAUCAUUGAUGAGCUGAAGAAAACAAACUACAGGGAUUUUUUCAGAGAAAGGAAAGAGAAAGAAGAGGUUGCUGCAUUGGAUAAAACAACAAUGAUUGUAAAGGAGAAGGAAAGAAGGGGAAGAGCAAAAGAUGAACCCGAGAAGGUGGUGAAGCAGUGGGAAAGAGAGCAAACUGACAGUGAGAAAGAUACAGAUGAGCUGUCUAACGAAGAAGCUCUGAGCAUCACAGCGAGUGGACAGUUAGAAAAUGGGCAGACAGGACUAGAAAAAACCAGCUCCUCAAGAACAGAACUGGGAGCCAAGGGGAGAGAUCUGAGAGAUACUGCCAGGAGACUGUCCGGAGAACUAGGUAUAAGAUUAGGAGAAGCAGACGGAACAGCAUCAGAAUUGAGCAGAAGAGAAUCAAGAGAAAUUUACAGGAGGCCUUCAGAUCUGGACCAGAAACUCACAGAAGAAUUAAUCCAAAAGGAAUUGGAAGGACUAGAGGAGAGGGUUUCAGAAGCCAACAGAAGAGAGUUGGAAGAACUGGGGGAAACAGAACUGGGAGAAACAGAACUGGGAGAACUGGAAACAGAAAGUGCUGAAAAAAUGGAAAAAGAUGAAGAGGAAGAUGAAUGAAGCUAUUGUUAGUGAGCAUUAGGAUCAGAAGGCUGGUGUUUACAGGGACC